GAGCGGGGAUGGAAAGCUGAAGAGUGGUGGGGGCAGGAAAUGGAAGGGUGGGGCGGAGCCCGGGAGCUGCGCAGCCUUUGGGAGACGUGGCAGCACUGAACUUGGCCCUGCGGCCGCGCUUUCUCCUGCCUCCGUCUCCCCAGCCUCAGUCACCUCCCAGGCUCUGGUGCCCGAGACCCGAGGGCCUGCCUCCGCGCCCCCGCAGCCUGGAGAGAGCAGGGGAACCGAGGGCCGACGCAGUGAUCUCCAGAAAUGGAAUGAUAGAACAGAACUUGUAUACAAGCCAGCAUUUGGAUAUGGAUACACAUUGAGCUGCCUCCUAUUCUUGCAGAGGUCAUGGAAGAAGUGACAUCGUGCUCCUUCAACAACCCUCUGUUCCAGCAGGAAGACAAGGGAGGGGUCACCUACCGGAUCCCAGCCCUGCUCUAUAUACCCCCCACCCACACCUUCCUGGCCUUUGCAGAGAAGCGCUCUACAAGCAGGGAUGAGGACGCUCUCCACCUGGUGCUGAGGCGAGGGCUGAGGACGGGGCACUUUGUACAGUGGGGACCAGUAACACCACUGAUGGAAGCCGUGUUACCUGGGCAUCGGACCAUGAACCCCUGUCCUGUAUGGGAGCGAAACACUGGCUGUGUGUACCUGUUCUUCAUUUGUGUGCAGGGCCAUGUCACCGAGCGUCACCAGAUUAUGACAGGCAGGAAUGCUGCUCGCCUCUGCUUCAUCUGCAGUCGGGAUUCUGGCUAUUCAUGGAGCAACGUGAGGGACCUGACUGAGGAGGUCAUUGGCCCGGAAGUGAAGCGUUGGGCCACAUUUGCUGUGGGCCCAGGUCAUGGCAUCCAGCUGCAGUCUGGGAGGCUCAUCAUCCCUGCAUACACCUACUACAUCCCUUACUGGUUCUUUUGCUUCCGGCUACCAUGUAAAGCCAGGCCUCAUUCCCUGAUGAUCUACAGUGAUGACCUAGGGACCACAUGGCACCAUGGCAGGCUCAUUAAGCCCAUGGUGACAGUGGAGUGCGAAGUGGCAGAGGUGACUGGGAGGGCCGGCCAUCCUGUGCUGUAUUGCAGUGCCCGGACACCAAACAGAUGCCGGGCAGAGGCUCUGAGCACUGACCAUGGUGAAUGUUUUCAGAGACCAGCCCUGAGCCAACAGCUCUGUGAGCCCCCUCGUGGCUGCCAAGGCAGUGUGGUGAGUUUCCGGCCCCUGGAGAUUCCAAAUGAAUGCCAGGACUGUAAUGGCAAAGAUACUCCUACUGUUCAGCAGAGCCCUCUGCUGGGCAGUUCUGUGAGGCCAGAGCAGGAAGCUGGAGCACUGUCAGAAUCAUGGCUCUUGUACUCACACCCAACCAGUAAGAAACGGAGGGUUAACCUAGGCAUCUACCUCAACCGGACCCCCUUGGAGGCUGCCUGCUGGUCCUCCCCCUGGAUCUUGCACUGCGGGCCCUGUGGCUACUCCGAUUUGGCUGCUGUGGAGGAGGGCUUGUUUGCGUGUUUGUUUGAGUGUGGGAUCAGACGGGAGUGUGAGCAGAUUGCCUUCCGCUUGUUCACAGACCAAGAGAUCCUGAGCCACGUGGAAGGUGACUACACCAGCCCUGGUAGGAACUCUGACCCGAUUCAAAACUAAUUGGCUUAGGAUCCAACUUUCCAUAGAAGGGAAACCAUUAGAAGGCAACCAUAGCCAGGAUCAUGGAGGCCAGGAUAGCAGAGCUUACGGAAGCCUACAGGGGAUCCCAAAACGCAAUAUUCUGCUCCCUACCUUUUUCACCUCUCAAAGAUAAAAUGAAAAAUUUGCCAUAGCUACUGUAGCCGAAGUAGCACUGAACUGUGUGAAUUGGGAGACCAUGAUAUCUUGGGUCUGCCAUGCUGGCUCUGGGACCUUGAACUCUCUGGGCCUCAGGUCUCCAUCUGUAAAAUGAGAGGAUUGGUCUGUGAUUUCUCUUCUUCCUGUCCCCAGGGAAGGCAGAGGGCCUGCUUGCUGCAUGAUCAGCAAGUCCUGGCUGCACAGAGGACUCUGGUAUCAAAAUGGAAAUCAUAGGACUCGUCUUUUCAAAUGACUGAGGUUCCAAGCAGAUGUCAUGUCAUGAAGAAGGAUCUGGAUGAUUUGUUCAGUAAUAGACGAGCUCUAUAGGCUAUCCAAGAGAAGUUGGGCAAAACAGAAACGAGGUCACCUACCUUCUUUAGCUUUGCAACUCUGCGCAACCUGCCCUUACGCAUCCAGAAAGCAUUAUUUCCUAGGGAGAGAAUGAGAGGCUCAAUACCAGUAGCCCAUAUUGUUUCUGAUGGCAUUAUUUCUAUGAAAUAUAACCUGAAGUUCAUUUAUUAGGAUGGUUCCUGAUGAGAAAAAGACAUGCCUUACGGCUUUAAAACAUUGGACAAAACUUCCCACAGUCUCUGCCCUCAAGGAGCUCACAGUUUAUGAGGCUAGAAGAGGGAGAAAAAAUUUUAAAAAAUGCAGUUUGUGGGAUAGUAGAUUUUGGGCUCUAAGUUGCAUAACUGAAGCUCAUCAUCUUAGUUGCAUCUUUAUUGUUCCUGGAGUCAUCUGCCCCAGGGCUUGUCCAGGCUGCUAGGUUUCCCCUAAGUUUGUUUUUCUUAGACUAUUGUCCCGGCCCAGCCACUCUAUUUGCCAGUGGAGAAACUCUUCACCCUUAGGAAGGUCUUGGACCCUCCAAACCGCUGAGUCUGGCCUGCUUGGACCUCCUGGAAUCACUGUUUUCGAAGUGAGAUGACCCUGGUCUAAUAGUUUUGGGGCUGGGCUUUACUAAUACUGGGUUCUCAGAUGAUACCAGAUUGGUUGCUCUUAUUUUAGGUUGUUUCCCCCGUAGCCUGUUACUUUGAGGGAAAUCCUAUCAUGAGAGAUUUCUUUUUUGUCCCUCUUAAAUCGGUAUAUCAGCUAACUACAGGGUGGGACAAAAGUAGAUUUACAGUUGUUCAUAUGGAAAAUAAUACAAUAAUUAAUAAAUAAUAGUACAAGAAUAAACUGUGUUUCAUGUACUCAGAACUUUGUCCUACCCUGUAUGUAUGGCGCUAGGUAAUGGCCCAGAGAGCAAGUCUUAGUGGUAGAGCAUAGCCUAGGAUGCACCCGUCAGAUGCGGGAGGAGUCCUAUGGGAGGAAAGUAGGGAUUAACUUCACCUACUUCGGCAUGUAGCUUAAGCCAGUGUCUUAGGGUGGCCUGUCAUACCUUCGUCAUUAUCUUCUCAGUAGUCAGCUAUGAUCAUUCACUCAUCUAUACAUUUAUGUAGCUAUUUCUUGAGUGCCUGUGCAUAAUAAUGUAAGGUGCUUUCUGUUGCCAUUUCCUGGUUGAAAAUAAUUUGUGGCUCCUCAUUGCCUAUUAAAGGCAACAAUUAGCCUGGCAUGUAGGAUGAAA